UGCAUCGGCGCAGUCCAUCUUGCCUCACUUAUCGCUGCUGUCACACUCUGCCAGCUUGCCGUCCGUGUUGUUGUAGUAAAUAAUGGCGGCAUCGGGAGGCGGAUUAUCAUCUCCCGCUACCGUCGCGGGCUUGAGCAUCCAAACGCCGGCCCGGGCUCGCUUCCCGGGUCGGCCGUGCACGGCUCGCAGCAGGUUGCGAUCGGAGAAACGUACCAAACGCGGAAGGUUGGGCUCGGACGACGGGGAGCUGCCUGCCGAAGGGCCGAGGCCCGUCAACAUCGGCCUGGCGUUGAGCGAGGACCCGUCGCUGCUGCGUCUGCUCGGUGUGGCGGAGAAGCACAGGAGGCAGAAAGAUGCGGGCUUCGACUCCAGCAACAGUGAGGAGGAGGAUGUUUUCACUGGAUUUGGGACCUCAACAGCUGGUCCACAGAAAGAUCCUCAGUCGUCGUUACUCGGCCAAGCAAAGCCUCCCCAAGCUUCAGGCUGUUCUUUGGCAGCAAAGCCUCUCAUUGGAAAUAUUAUAACCAGGGCCCCAAAACCAAAUCUUAUUGGGAAAAUUGUACCAAGGGUUCCUAAAGAAGAACAGGAUGUCAAAGAGAGCCUGGAAAAAGACAAAGAAAUACCCAAGGUGAUUAUUAAACUGCAGGGCAAGCAGGUAGCUCUCACUGCAAAAGCCAAACAUGCAGGCGAGCAGGCCUCCGGUGCACAGAUCAGUACAAGAUCAGCUGACUUUUUCAGGAAAGCAAGAAAAUCAGCUCACUCAGGCAGGAGGCGAAACCAAACAGCCGCUACCUCAACUGGUGGCACUAAGCAAGCUUCUGAGGUCAGAGAACCAGGCGAGGUGUCAGAGGACUCGGACACAGACCAAUCCCAGCCACGGAGACCCGUGAGAGGCAUGAGGGGGUUUCGAAUUGGCCACAACAGACGCACAUCUCAAGCAGUCGCUUUCUCAUAUACGUCCUUUCACAAACGGCAGAGGAAGAGACUACAUAGGGGUAUGGGUGCCUCUCCAGAGGCUGGAGCCGAGGCCGGUGCCCAGAGUGGAGACGAGGCAGCGAUGCCCCUUGAUUGCAAAGCCACAGAUUCCUCUGAAAAAAGGACACACCGAAGACGCAGAGCUUUGUUUGGGCAAAAGCGAAGGCAACCAAAACAUGAUCCAGAAUUUAAAAGUCCAAAAAUGGGCCGUAAACGCACUAGGCGUGCUUUUUACGCUUAUGUGCCGGAGCCCAUUCCGGCCACACCAACGCUGGACGGGAACGAGCAGCAGCAGCAGCAGCAGCAGCAGCAGCAGCAGCAGCAAAGUCAGAAUAUCACUCCUUCUGAGGGUGAACUGAGCUUGUUUCCUAAACAAGUCCAGAAGGACUCAAAUAACUCAUCCACUCCUGUAAUGAGCGCGCGGUCAUCGCGCGUUAUUAAAACUCCAAAGAGGUUCUUGGACGAGGAAAUGAUUUCCUUUCCAAAGGGGCCUCUGUCAACAUGGCUGAAAAGUCAACAGAGAGAGGACGGAAAACCAAGUCGAUCAUGUCAUGAGUCAAGCGAUGAUAGCAGCCCGCUGCAGUCGGACAGUGAAUCAAUAUCGGAGGCUGACAGCCCAUCUGAAGUGACGAAGUUCUCAUCAAAGCCCAGGCCCGGAACGAGCCACCUAGAGAUCUACAAGAACCUCAAGAAACUAACCCUGAAACUGGCAGAGAAGAAGAAGGGCCACUCCAACACAGGCGAGGAUCAUACACAUCCUGGCGACGGGUUGACCUCUUAUGUCCGGAAGAGACGGAGGUCAAAGAUCACAAUGGAGGAGAUGAACUCUCCUGGUGUUGUGAGGAAACUAGCCGUGUCGGUGAACGCUGAUGUGAAAGCAAUCUCACAUUUGCCGUUCGGAGAAGCAGGCAACAAUAAUGAAGCAGGAGGCGUGACUGCAGACUGUCAUGAGGCAUUUGAAGUCAGCGGGCCCAGCCAUAGAAUUGGUCUCAGUGGAGCUAAUAAGACGAUGCUCCACCUGCUGAAGAAAGCCAAAGUCCAGCUCAUCAAGAUUGAUCAGCAGAAGCAGCUCAAGUUGUCACAGUUGGUCUCCAGAGAGUCAGGAGUGCCAGUGGGUGUAAGAAGGAGGAGGAGGAGGAGAGUUGGCGUAUCUCCCAAAGAUAUCAGUCCUCAGGAUCAGCCGCUGGGUGGUCCGAGGAUCAAACAUGUGUGUCGGGCAGCAGCAGUGGCUUUAGGUCAGCCCCGUGCCAUGGUGCCAGAUGAUAUCCCCAGACUCAGUGCCCUGCCACUGCACGAAAGAGAGGGCAUCACCUUUUCUCCUGCAGCAGAAGAUGUGGCAGAUGAUGACGAUGACGAUGACGUCUCUGAUCAGGGCAGGGCUCAGUGGGUUGUCUCUCAGGAACACAUCCAGCGGAGGAGGAGGAGGGUGAGGGGGAAGGGCGACAGAUACAGAAGGAAGAAGACCCUGACUCAGUAUGCGCCCGGGGGAGUCCGAGCCCGGCGCUGUGGACGAUGCAAAGGCUGUGUGAUAGAGGAGGAUUGUGCAAAGUGUAUCAACUGCCGCGAUAAGCCCAAAUUCGGGGGGCCCAACACCAAGCGUCAGUGUUGCAUAUAUCGGAAGUGUGAUCGGAUUGAGAAAGCGAAGAUUGAUCGCGUCAUCAAACCAUUGAAACUCCAGUCGAGGCAGUUUGCGAGCUCGGUGUGCGAAGGAUCCACCUCGAUGACGCCUGUCGUCAGGAAACAUUCCCUGCGUAACAUCACACCACGCUCUUACAGCAGCCUGCUCAAGUCUGAAUCUGAGGAUGAAGAAGAAGUUAAGCCAAAUAAAUCGCCAGUCAAGCCGACUGUAGGUGCAGCUAGCAAACAAGAUGGCGGAUCUCUGCCAGACGACCCUCCAGCUGAGGCGGUGAAGCCUCGCCGGCCGUUCUCCAGAGGAGCUGGGAGCAGACCCAGAGCUUACAAGGAACAGGAGAACACGGAGGAGACGGAGCCCAGAGAAAAUUUACCAGAAACCAGCCUUCCCAGAAGCCCAAUGCCGAAGCUGCAGCAGCAGCUCCAAAUACACUUACACCGUCUGCCUGAUUAUAUCCUGCAGUCUGCUCUGUCUUUGCCCAAACAGAGUCCCCCAAGUCCAGAUCAGUGUGCUUCUCACUCACCAAUACUGUCCCAGCUUAUAACGCAGCCUGCUAUUUCACAUUCAUCACAUUCCACACCGCAGUGCCUUCCAGAACUGUCCGAGCCUGUAACAUCUCCCGAUUCUCCACUUCCACCACAUACAAUAACAGACUCUAAACAGAAAUCACUGCUGUUACGUUUGCACCGUUUGCCCAAGGCCUUGGUGCAGUCCGCCUUGCAUUUGCACAAAUGUAUAUCAUCCCCAUCUCAACAACAUCCCCAGUCCCUACUGCACUCAGCUCUGACAGAGGCUUCGUCAAAGUUGUGUUUUCAGGAACAUUCAAAGGCUGAGGUGCAGAACCUAGAUGUUUUGACUGAGACACAUGGAGCUAACAAAGAUAAAACUGUACAAGUGCUCCCUGAGACAGUCGAUCCACACACAGAGUUACAGGAGGGCACGCAACAGGAGCAGAAGGACAGACGAGGGUAUCCACCUGAAGAGGAGGAGGACGGUUCUGUAAAAGAGACAGUGCUGAAAAACUGUCUCACAACUGACAAACACUAUGUCCUUCGUUCCCAGAAUCCUGCAGAGUGUGCAUCAGGGAACACCCUGACUGGGUUAACUAACGGGUUUCCCCAAAAGGGCUUGUUGCAGAACAAGUACAAGAUUCGUGUAGACUUCAAGGAGGACUGUGCUGUCCAGAACGUGUGGCUAAUGGGCGGCCUCAGCGUCCUCACGUCUGUCCCUACGACACCACAACCUGUCUGUCUGCUCUGCGCCAGUAAAGGACGACAUGAGAUGAUAUUCUGCCAGAUCUGCUGUGAGCCUUUCCACAGUUUCUGCCUCUCCCCAGAGGAGCGCCCCCAGAAGGACAACAAGGAGAACUGGUGCUGCCGGCGCUGCAAAUUUUGCCACGUGUGUGGCCGCCGAAGCAAAAGCACAAAGCCAGUGUUACAGUGUCGGAGAUGCCAAACCUCCUACCACCCUUCCUGCUUGGGACCAACUUACCCUAAGCCUAUGAACUGCAACAUGCCCUGGGUGUGCAUGACAUGCAUCCGGUGUAAAAGCUGCGGCGUAACUCCUGGAAAGACUUGGGACUUGGCCUGGAACCACGAGCAGGAUCUUUGUCCUGACUGCACUUCUCUCCACAAAAAAGGUAAUUUCUGCACCGUCUGCCACAAAUGUUACAAAGACAACAACCAAGACACACAGAUGAUUCAGUGUUCAGAGUGCAGCCACUGGAUUCAUUACUCAUGUGAAGGACUUUCCGAUGAGCUGUUUGGGUUGCUGUCAAGCCAACUAGAGGAGGAGUAUUUCACCUGCUCACCCUGCAGCGAGCAGCAGAGUGAACACAGCAGCUUGAAGGAGGCGCUCCAGAGCAGGCUGAUAGCCGGGCUGGAGGUGGUUCUCACAGACCUCCUCUCCCACAACACCACACAGCACCUCCUUAUGUGUAAAGUGUGUCGGGAACCAAACGACACACAAUUUGUCAGGGAACAGCAACCAGUGUGUGAUCUACAAGCUAUGGAGAAGAAGUUUAAAGGCGGUGGUUACAUCUCAAUAAAAGCUUUUCAUGCUGAUGUCCUCUCUGUGAUGAGGAAGUGGUCUAAAGAGGAGGAGCUUCUCCCUGAAGACCAGAGACCGACCAGUCAGGCCAGAGCGCGCUAUGUAAAACUGAUUGAGCGGGUGUUCAGUUGGUUACCUGCAAGCCUUCUGAAAAAGUGGAACACAUUCUCCCAGGAAUUCCCAAGUGGCAUGCUCCCUGAGGCGGUAAUCCCACCAUCUAAGGAGCACAGCUAUGCACAGUGGCUGGAAAGGACAUACCAGCCCAAAGAGACAAGGGGCCCUCAGGCAGGGAAAACUGAGUCGGUGCCGUUCCCAGUCACUGCAAAGCAGUCUGAUGUACCCCACGGCCGCCCUCGGUAUUCACAUGGUGUGAAGAGUGAGCCGGAAACAACCAGGACUGAAGAUAUGAGGCAGUGUGCUCUGUGUCAACAAAAUGGAGACUCUGCUCCCAAGGAUGCAGGACGGCUCUUGUACUUAGGACAGAAUGAGUGGGCCCACAUUAACUGCUGUCUGUGGUCUGCAGAGGUGUAUGAGGAGAACAGUGCUCUUUUGCAAGUGCACAGCGCUGUCUCAAGAGGGCGCCACCUGCGUUGUGAUCGUUGUGGGCAGUCGGGGGCCACCGUGGGCUGCUGUCUUGCCACCUGCCAGAGUAAUUUCCACUUUAUGUGUGCUCGUGCCAGGAACUGUGUGUUUCAGAUGGACAGGAAGGUGUUCUGCUUCAAUCACAGGGAUCUUGUCAGUGCGAAGAUGGUGUCUGGGAAAGGGUUUGAAGUGCCUCGACGGGUAUAUGUGGACUUUGAUGGGAUCAAUCUCAGAAGAAAGUUCCUCACAGGCCUUGACCCAGAAUCCAUCAACAUGACCAUAGGCUCUCUGCAGAUUCAGAAACUUGGUGUGUUGUCUGAGCUGUCGUCAAAUGGGAGGAUGCUGUAUCCUGUUGGUUAUCAAUGUUCUCGGUUGUACUGGAGCACUGUGGACCCCCGGAGACGUUGCAAGUACACCUGUAAGGUGACAGAAGUGAGCACACCUCUCCCUGGUGAGGAACAUGAUCCGAGAUGGGACAAAGAAGAUAAUCACACCAUAGUCCACAGCCCCAACCACCGCAGAGAUAUGGAUUCCCUGGAACGUUUAAGUUCCUCAUCCAGCCCUAUAAAGUCCACUACUCCAUCACCCAACUCAAAACAGCACAACACAUCUGGAUCCAAAAGUCCUGGUUUCCCACAGACCAGGAAACCAGCAGGAGGAUCAUCCCGACCUCUUCCAUCUCCAGGGUCAGCUCUUCCCAAAUCGCAUCACAUCCUGACAUUGAGGGACCUGGAGGACAACCGUCGGCCUCGCAGGCUCUCAACGAGGAGCUGCUGCAGUUCCUCGCCAACAGAGAGCGACCCAUCUGUACCCAUGACCCUCCGCUCUGGUGGCACCGUACACUCCAGAUGUGCCCUGUUUAGCUCCCCUCCGAAGUCCUCAAACCUUGGUGCAGCCUCGCCUCCUCUGUCACGACAAAACUCUGCAUCACCGGUCUGGAACUCCCCGCCUCGAUCCAACUCCAGCAUUACUGCAGGGCUGUCACCUCGAAGAGGAGCAAUCACUCAAUCCCCCAAAGGGAGGCAAAACUUCAAAAUCACCACUCCAGUUUCUGCAGAAGUUCCCCAAGACUUCCUAGCAUCAUCUGAGGCAGAGGAUGCAGCAGUGGCCACAACCAAUGGGAUCUCACUAGCCCCUGAUAACCUGGAAGAGGAGGUAGCUCACCUGAUGGCCCAGGAGCUACCCUACACUGUGUUUGAUACCGACACAGAGGUAGCAGUGGCCUCCAUGCUGAAUGCUAAGCUUGAGUUUGACGAGGCUCUGCUCACGGAGAAUGUGGCACUUCACUGCGGAGCACAAGGCGGGAGAGGAGAUGCUGAGAGCGUAGUGCAAGAUGUGGAAUUGCAAGUAGACAAUCAGGAGAAUUCUGAAGAUGAAGAGUCCAGUCAUUACUUGAAAUUUUCACGCACAGUUGUGUGCGACGCAGCUAGCAGCUCAGAAGCCUCAGGACAGCUCACUUCCACACAGUCGAUCUCACAGUUAGAUGGAGCGGAUGGCGGGUCCGAGAGUGAUGAAAGCGAGGUGGUGGACGAUGAAGCUCAGGAAACAGAAGGAGAACAUGGAGAGACUAAGAUUCACACCAACCAUAAUACACCAACUAAGCAGCUGACGGUCGCUCUAAAGAGGCUGGAGCCAAGCUACAGCGUGUCUAAGUCAGCUGAGCUAGAGUUUCGGGAUAGUAACCCACCAUCUGAGAUUCUUGAAACAGGUUAUGGAACCGGUGAUAUGUCAUUUCAGGAGGAGGUGGUCCAGAUAAGCUCCGAAACAACAACAUCUCAAAAUGAGGUGUUUUUGGAUUCCACUACAGGCCAUUUUAUUUCUGCUGAAGAUGGCACUGUGGUUUGCCCGAAUAUUAUUGAAGUUGGCAAUAAAGAUGACAGUAGCUCAUCGACCGACUCCGUUGAAGGAUUUAAAGAUGAUUUGAAUGACCCUGACUACUCUCCAGAGCGUAUUCAGAGUCCAGAGCGUAAAACCAAGAAAUCUCCCACAGCUCAGAUGAAAGCCAUCAUAGUGAAGACAAAACAUCCGAUAUCAAAUCUGAAACGUUUGUCGCCAAAACCGUGUCUUCCACAGCAGCGCAAACUCAAAUUGAUGUUGCCCCCUCAACCUGCACAGACUGUAAAUAAUGCAUCGGCUUCCCCUGCUGCUGCUGCUGCUGCAGCUUGUGCAGUUCCACGCACAGUCACCUCCCCCAUUGUGAUCAAUGGUUUAAACGUACCUGUCCAGCCUGGUGCCUCACAGGGAAGAACCAUCGCCAUUCGCUUGGACAGCUCGAGGACAGGAAGUCCGCAGCAAGUAAGGAUUCAGAAUCAAGUUGCAGGCACUAGCACGCCCCCGCCCCCGGCUCCUGCCCCCCAGGUCCUUCUAGUCAACCGACAAGGUCAGAUUCUUAUCAAAGACCCCAGAUCAAACACUUAUCAGUCACUCAGUACAAACUCUCCUGCCUACAACAAAAUAAGCCAGAUUGCCAAGAUCCUCCACAGCGGUAAUGCCCUGCAGCGCUCGGUCCCUCGUGUUGUAAUAAAGCCUCGUUCCAGCCUCUCCACCACAAACGUCCCUUCUGCCGGUAACGUCCCCACGACGUCCGAGAGAAAAGUCAUUUUUAGAGUAGUGCCUGUGAAAAGCAUUGGGACUCCGGCUCCCACAACUCCUGUCAGUGUGCAGGGUGUCCCUGAAGCAGCUUUCUCCAACAUUGAAGAAAGCACAGCCCAGGCUAUUAUUGACAGAGCCAUGGCCACCCACCGAGACGAGCCAAAGACAAAACCCCUCAUCCUCAGUAAAACUCUGCAGACAAAGGCCAGCUUGCAAAGGCCGUCACAGUUUCAGGACGCAGAGGGAUCAGAUCAGUCGCCGGCUGCACCGUUAGAGUCCCCUAGUGGUUUCAUCCCGCAACCAACACCUGCUUCAUCGGACCACCAGGUGAAGGUCAAGAGAGUGUCAUUGGUGUCCGACCGUCCCUCCAGGAAGAAAUCCAAGAUGGACUUCUUGAGGGAUUCAUCAAGUGAGCUGGAUGAAGUUGAUGAAUCCAGACCGAGUGGUGUGAGAAUGAAAGCUCCGUCAAUGAAGGAUAUCCUCGACAUGGACCAGGAGAAAAUGUUGCGUGAACAUGAACAGUUGAGAAUUACUGCUCCACCACUACCGGCUACUUCACCCCCGAGGCAUCCUCAGGUUGAGAGUCCCCCCUUGCAAGCACAAAUCAACAGCCUGAUUCCGGGUAAAACCCACAUGUGGGUCAGUGCUCGCCAUGGAGACCUCUCAGAAUGGGGCCCUUAUUCAGGUUUUAGCUCAGAAGAAGAUGCAUCUGCACCCAAACACAGAAAGAGGACAUACAUGAACCAGCCCCACCUGCGUUUUGAAAUCACCAGUGAAGAUGGCUUCUGUGUUAAAGCUAACAGCAUAGAGGUCGCCUGGCGUGCGGUGAUUGACGGCGUCCUCGAAGCUCGAGCAGGCUUCCAUCUGAAGCAGCUGCCUCUGGGCGGCAUGAGCGGGCCGCGGGUGCUCGGUGUCGUCCACGAUGCCGUCAUCUUCCUGCUGGAGCAGCUGCAUGGUGCAGCACACUGCAAACGGCACCGCUUCCGCUUCCACCGCUGUGACGACAUCGAGGAAGAGCUUCCCCUCAAUCCGAGUGGCUGCGCUCGGACUGAAGUCUACACACGGAAAGCGACUUUUGAUAUGUUCAACUUCCUGGCAUCACAACACAGGGAGCUCCCUGAGAUCGUUGGCCCCUUUGAGGAGGAGGAGGAUGAAUUCCCACUGAAAUCUUCCAGGCGAGCCACCAGCAGUGAGCUUCCCAUGGCAAUGAGAUUCAGACACCUGGAAAAAAUCUCCAAAGAAGCAGUAGGAGUUUACAGAUCUGAAAUUCAUGGUCGCGGGCUUUUCUGCAAAAGGAACAUCGAGGCUGGUGAAAUGGUGAUCGAGUACGCCGGCACAGUCAUUCGCGCUGUUCUGACUGAUAAGCGUGAAAAAUAUUAUGACGGCAAGGGCAUUGGCUGUUACAUGUUCCGCAUCGACGACUUCGACGUGGUGGACGCGACGAUGCAAGGUAACGCGGCUCGUUUCAUCAACCACUCGUGCGAGCCGAACUGCUACUCCCGCGUCAUCAACGUGGACGGACGCAAGCACAUCGUCAUCUUCGCCCUGAGGAAGAUCUAUCGGGGCGAAGAACUGACAUACGACUACAAGUUCCCCAUCGAGGACGAGAAGAGCAAGCUGCACUGCAACUGCGGGACGAGACGCUGCCGUCGCACCCUAAAUUAGUACUACUCUCUCUCUCACACACACACACACACACACACACACACACACACACACACACACACACACACACACACACACACACACACACACAACGUACCAGUAGCCAUCUUGGUUAAUGCACUUGAAUUGAGGAGGCGGACUUUGAUUAACUGAUUGAGGCUACUGUUGUGACGUGGCGAUAAGAGUGAGGUAGCCCAUACACAGACUUGCAUCUACUGAAAGUCUUCACCAAGUUGGAAUCUCAAUUAAUGACUGAUGGAGGACAGCGUGCGUUUGCUUUUGCAUCUUUGUCCUCUGACCUGCUGUGAACAGCCACACAAACCAGAUAAGAGCCAUAUGUCAAAUACUAUUUAUGUGAUUUCAGACUGCAGGAUUGUUGGUCUGUUGAAGUAGGAAGUGCAGUUUAAUUAAGGAAAACUGCACACUCUUUUUUUCUUCUUACGUGUGCACUGUUUUACCAUCUCAUACAGCACAUUCUUUCAGUGUAACAUUGUUGAAUUUGUCAGUAGCCUCUGCUGGAACUGGGGCCAAACAACAGCCGGGAGGCAAUUAUUACCAGCUACAAACGGUGCAAACUAAAACAAUUUGAUUGCAGCUAUAACUGUUUAAAGAGGGAUCUAUUGUUAUGCUGGCGACAGAGUGUUUUUGUAAAUACAAGGUCACAGAGGGAAGGAUGAGGAGAAUUUACUCAUCACCUUACCAUGAGACGACCUUCUCCAGCAGCAUUGGUGUCGCAUCAGACGGAACACAUUUGACUCAAGGCACCUUGUGUACAUUGUAGUGUAGCUACAUUUUAACCUCAGUCUGGAUACCACAAGUCUUGUGAGGGGGACUCUAAUAUUUUAGGUGCAGGUGAUAACCCCUAACCCUCCCCUCCCUCAUUUAGUCAGUUGAAAUUUCCUGUUUUUAUUUGUGACGGCAGAGAUGCUGUAAUCUAAAUGCUUUUAUCCUGCCAUUACAGUCUGUUCUUUAUUUGUUACUUUGUACUGUUUGUAAAUUUUAAGGUUUAUAAGGGAGAGUUUUCUUGGUGCAGGGUUCAAAUUGAAUAUAGUGAUCUUGCCCUGCACAGUACCUUAUUAAUCCUUUUGUAUAUUUGAAUAAUAAAUGUAUAUCCAACAAGCUGAUGGAAAUAAAUGUGUUUGAGCUUUUAACUUUCUAUUUGUAAGUGAAGGCUAUGACUACUGGAACAGAAGCUAUUGCUGAGUAAGGAUUUCAUCUAAGUUAAUAUUUUUCUCUUUUUGUUGAGGCUGUUUUGCAUCCUCUUCCUCCUGUUUGUCUCUCACUGGUGUACUACCUCAUAGGAAUUUGUUAUGAAGCAAGAACAGUUUUAUUACACAACACAUUGGUGAAAAACGACUUCCUCUAACCAUUUCUUCUUGUAAGUAUAAAAACAAAAAGAAACUUCAAUAUUAUUAAACAAUGACUUGCUAUUAUGCCUGCGAUUAGUUUAAGAUAAAGGGGGCCACCUUUUUUGUGAUCAUAUUCCCUGUGUGCAGCCACACCCAGCUGGUGGAUGUAGAUAGGACACGGGUUUAGGUUGAAGGCUGAACGCUGUGGAAGUGUGUGUUUUUUCAGGAUUAAUAAUUGGCACACAAAGCUUUGUUACUUUAAUGGCUCACUAUGGAUCCUUGCCUGUACAUAGUUGUAUAAAGAAUUUCUAAACCUGUUAAAUAUUUUUUUACCUACAUUUUUUUUUUUUAUUUAUGUUCAAUAAAAAAUGUAAAUGUUGAAAAUUUGCCUUCCAUUUUCCAAUGUUUUUACCAACGAGUAAAUAUUAAGUGAAUUAAAAAAAUAAUUUGUGAUUCUUAAGUUAACAUGUCCAUACCAUACAUUUUUGUUUGUAAAAUGUGUGAUAUUGUUUGUGUCAGUCCUUUUCCCUGCAACAAUAAUCUCGGGAUGCCUGUUUGACAAUCUAGAAUACACAUAGUGCUCUUUUUAUUGC